AUGAAUGAGUAUCAUUCUAAAAGUGAAGGGUCGGUUAAGCUUGAAAUUAGUGGCACACCUAAAGACAUGUUACCUCUUGACACUCAUACUGCAUUAUUAGCUCAAAUUAAAUUGUUAAAUAAGCAGCUGGCUGAAGGCUGCUUAAAUAAAGCUAACAUGAGUCAGGCCACUCGGAGAGGUUUGGAGCAGGUUAAUGAGAAUCAUGAAAUUUUGGCUAGAAACCAUAAAGUGUCAAUUGAGAAUUUGGAGACUCGGAUUGGUCAAUUAUCUAGACAAAUAGCAGUUUUGCCUAGCUCAAGUGGAGGAUUCACCGUUAAGACCGUUGAUAAACCCAAGAAUGAAACAUGUAAGGUUGUGGAAACGAAUUUUAGGUUGGUUACUAGAAAGGAGGAAGUAGAAAAAAUUAAAAAGGAUAAAAUUAAGGAAAAGAAAGUUGAAAUUGAAAUGGAUGAGAAUGGAAACCAAGGUAACGAUGAGGAAAGAGGAUUCACCCUUGAUUACUUCAUUAAUAAAAAUUCUCCUCGGAAGAGAACAAAAGAUCAAAUUAUGAAUGAACCAAAUCCACUGUUACCAAAUUAUAUAAAACUCCCAUAUCCCAUCAUUAAGAAGAGACUGGUACAAGAGGAUGAGGAAGGAAUGUUUGAGAGAUUUAUAAAAAUGUUGAAACAACUUCAGGAGGUGGGAGAAUCGUCGGAAGUUCCACCAAAGAUGAAUGAUCCAAGAGAGUUCAGCAUUACUUGCACCAUUGGAGGGGUAAAAAUCUCACAUGCUUUAUGUGACUUAGGAUCGAGCAUCAAUGUCAUGUCGUUGAGCAAGUUUAAGGAAUUGGAGAUAGGCGAGAUUGUACCCAACAACAUGACAUUAUCUUUGGUCGACUCAUUUGUGACUCGUCCGCUUGGUGUUGUACAAGAUGUUAUAGUUCAUGUCGAUGGUUUGACCUUUCCUGCAGGCUUUUUGGUAAUCGACAUGAAAAAUGAUUUGGAAGGGUCGGAGAUUCUCGGGCGCCCAUUCUUGGCAUCUGGGAAGGCAAAAAUAGAUGUGGAGACUGAUGAGUUAAUUUUGAAAUUUAAUAAGGAGAAGGUGGUGUUUCAUGCAUAUCAAUGGACACCAUAUGUGGAGGAUAUUGAUACAUGCUAUAAAUUGAAAGAGAAAGGUAGUGAAGUGUCCAAGAAUAUGAAAAAAGGAGUUUUUACCGGCGUGAGGAUUGCAAGUUCUAACUUUAUCAUUGAGUAA